ACAAUAAAAAAUGAAAUAAACACCUAUGAAGCAUACUGUUGCAUCUUUUCAGUAUUUGGAUUAUUAAAACAAUUAUGAAGAUUGUGUAGAAAGCUAUAGAAAUCUCUCUAUGACAACCUCAAGAGGUAUGACUCAGAUCAACUGCACCCAGGUGACAGAGUUUAUUCUUGUGGGCCUCACAGAUCGUCAGGAGUUGAAGACGCCCCUCUUUGUGCUGUUCUUAUCCAUCUACUUCUUCACGGUAGUAGGCAACCUGGGUUUGAUCCUACUCAUAAGAGCAGAUGAAAAACUCAACACACCAAUGUACUUUUUUCUUAGCAACCUAGCCUUUGUUGAUUUCUGUUACUCUUCUGUCAUUACACCCAAAAUGCUUGGGAAUUUCUUGUACAAACAAAAUAUUAUUUCUUUCAAUGCAUGUGCUGCUCAGUUGGGCUGUUUCCUGACCUUCAUGACAGCUGAGUGCUUGCUGCUGGCUUCCAUGGCCUAUGACAGGUAUGUGGCCAUUUGUAACCCUCUGACAUAUACACUGGUAAUGUCCCCAGGAAUCUGCAUUCAGCUUGUGGCUGCUCCCUAUAGCUACAGCAUCUUGGUUGCACUGUUUCACACCAUCCUCACCUUCCGCCUCUCCUAUUGCCACUCCAAUAUUGUCAACCAUUUCUAUUGUGAUGAUAUGCCUCUCCUCAGGCUAACUUGCUCAGACACUAGCUCCAAACAGCUAUGGAUCUUUGCCUGUGCUGGUAUCAUGUUCACUUCCUCCCUUCUGAUUGUCUUUGUCUCUUAUAUGUUCAUCAUUUCUGCCAUCCUGAGAAUGCGCUCAGCUGAGGGAAGACAAAAGGCUUUCUCAACGUGUGGCUCCCACAUGCUGGCAGUCACCAUAUUCUAUGGGACCCUGAUUUUUAUGUACUUACAGCCUAGCUCUAACCAUGCCCUGGACACAGACAAGAUGGCCUCUGUCUUCUACACAGUGAUCAUUCCCAUGUUGAAUCCUCUGAUCUACAGCCUUCGGAAUAAGGAGGUAAAAGAAGCUCUGAAGAAAGUCAUCAUUAAUAAAAACCAGACUUUUGUGUUUAUUAAAUUAGGUAAGUGACUUGAAUAUGUAAAAAUGGACUUUUGUCAUGGUAUGAUUUUUUUCCCCAGUAGAAGUUAUCAGAAUGGCUAUUUCUUAAUACGUGAUCUAUCUAUACAUACAUAUUUGUGGUGUGUAAUACAAUUUUCUAGAGAAUUUCUCUUAGAAUGUCCAGUGUAAAAGUAACUAUAAUAAUUUACACUGCUUCUCUUAUUUUUCAAAUGAAAAAUAUAUUAAAAUUAUUAAUUGCAUUGCAUAAUA